UAAAAGACCAACACAUACCAUUGUUUAGCUGCAUUUAGCUCUCUCUCUCUCUCUCUCUCUCUCAGGUCUGCAGUCCUUUGAUAGCAACAGUGACAGAUAAGCAAUGGAGAAAGGAGCGACUAAGAAGAAAUCAUCACCUCUCUCUCUGCAACAGUUCAUCACUAUCACCACCCCUCUUCUUGACUUGGAAAAGGAAGCUGAGAUAUCAAGCUCAAUCGCCACAGGCGCAUCAAGGAAUUUGGAUACUGCUCAAAAGAGAGGUUCCACAAUCCUUAACUUGAAGUGUGUGGAUGUCCAGACAGGGCUUAUGGGAAAAUCUCUGAUUGAGUUCCAGUCUACAAAAGGAGAUGUUCUUCCUGCACACAAGUUUAGUACUCACGACGUCGUCGUUUUAAAACUCAACAAGGCUGAUGUAGGUUCUCCUGCUCUUGGACAAGGUGUUGUUUAUAGAUUAAAGGACUCAUCAAUAACUGUUGCUUUUGAUGACAUACCUGAAGAUGGUUUAAACAGUCCCCUAAGGCUGGAAAAAGUUGCAAAUGAGGUGACAUAUCGCAGGAUGAAAGAUGCAUUAGUACAGUUGAGUAAAGGAGUGCAUAAGGGUCCAGCUGCUGAUCUAAUUCCGGUCUUAUUUGGGGAGAGGUCGCCAACAAUGUCCAAGAAGGAUGUUUCCUUCACUCCUUUUAAUACCAAACUUGAUCACUCUCAGAAAGGUGCAAUUUCAAAAGCCCUAUCUUCGAAGAAUGUGUUUUUGCUACAUGGACCUCCUGGAACUGGGAAAACUACAACAGUGGUGGAAAUUAUAUUACAAGAAGUUAAACGUGGAUCAAAGAUUCUUGCUUGUGCUGCCUCAAACAUUGCUGUUGAUAACAUUGUUGAGCGGCUAGUUCCACAUAGGGUGAGAGUAGGUCAUCCUGCACGCUUAUUGCCUCAAGUACUGGACAGUGCACUGGAUGCUCAGGUACUACGAGGAGAUAAUAGUGGCCUUGCAAAUGACAUUCGAAAAGAAAUGAAGGCAUUGAAUGGAAAGCUAUUGAAAACCAAAGACAAAAGUACAAGGAGAGACAUACAAAGGGAACUUAGGACUCUAUCCAAGGAAGAGCGCAAAAGGCAGCAGCUUGCUGUAACAGACGUACUUAAAACUGCAGAUGUAAUAUUGACUACUCUGAUUGGGGCCUAUUCUAAGAAACUCGACAAUAUGUCAUUUGAUUUGGUAAUUAUUGAUGAAGCUGCUCAAGCACUUGAAAUUGCAUGUUGGAUUCCUCUGUUGAAGGGCUCAAGAUGUAUCCUCGCAGGGGACCAUCUUCAACUUCCUCCAACCAUUCAAAGUGUUGAAGCUGAGAAGAAAGGUUUAGGAAGAACCCUCUUUGAACGACUUGCAGAAAUAUAUGGAGACGAGGUCACAUCUAUGCUUACAGUCCAGUACCGUAUGAAUGAACUCAUCAUGGAUUGGUCUUCUAAAGAACUUUACAACAGCAAGAUCGAGGCUCAUGCUAGUGUUGCUGCACAUACGCUACAUGAUCUUGACAAUGUGAAGAAGACAUCAUCAACUGAACCAACUCUUCUUCUCAUAGACAUUGCUGGAUGUGAUAUGGAAGAAAAGAAAGAUGAAGAAGAUAGCACUCUUAAUGAAGGUGAAGCUGAGGUUGCUAUCGUUCAUGCCAAGAGACUCGUUCAAAGUGGUGUGCCUCCUUCUGAUAUUGGAAUUAUUACCCCAUAUGCUGCCCAGGUUGUUUUGCUCAAGAUGUUGAGAAACAAUGAGAAUCAGCUGAAGGAUGUCGAAAUCUCAACAGUUGAUGGGUUUCAGGGAAGGGAGAAGGAAGCCAUUAUUAUAUCCAUGGUCCGAUCCAACUCAAAAAAGGAGGUGGGCUUUCUGAGUGAUCGCCGGCGUAUGAAUGUGGCUGUGACACGGGCACGAAGGCAAUGCUGUCUUGUCUGCGACACCGAGACAGUCAGUAGUGAUGCAUUUCUGAAGCGGUUGAUAGAGUAUUUUGAAGAGCAUGGCGAGUAUCAGAGUGCAUCCGAAUACCAGAACGAGUAGGCUGAAUUCUCAAGGUUAAUGUUGCUAUUGCUGCUGUCUUCAGAACUAUUGGUUGUUUUGAUGAUGUUGCUAGUAGAUCUAUGAAGGUUUUCUCAAUCCAAGUCAUGGAGUGUAAGACAAAAGCAAGGGUUAACAUGAAUUGUCAAAAAGCUGCUAAUUAAUGUGUCUGAUGAAUGGAAAAUGGGAGAGUCAAGGUGCAAUUUUUGGAUAAAUCUUUCAUCUCUACUUUUCAUACACAUUACAGUGUUAAUGCUUAUAUAGGUUGGUCAUUUCCCAAAGCUUGAGCAAUUAUAGGAGAUAAAACACUAGAGACUUGUCAGAAUUCUUGCAUAUUAUUUAUUUUCAUAAAUCAUUCAUACUACUGUUAUGCUUGUCUUAUUUUAUGUGAUUUUGUUUUUUCUUCUGACUUA